AUGGAAAAUCCAUUCGGGCCUUCUCAAUCGCAUGAUCACGCGGAAAGUUCGAGCCACCCCGAGCAAGAGAAUGUGGGAGGAGGGGAGGAUGUGGGAGGAGAGGAUGUGAGAGGAGGGAAGGAUGGUGGAAGAGAGGAUGUGGGAGGAGGGGAGGAUGUUGGAAGAGAGAAUGUGCGAGGAGGGGAGGAUGUUAGUUCUUCUCUCGGAUCUCACUCCCUACACGAAGAAGAUCCACUCUUCACCAUUACACUAGGAGACCCCUUGCAAGUUCUAAACGUGGUGCCACUUGAGACUAUUAGGCCACAACCGGAGGAACCAAUUGUUCGCAAAUCCGACAGGUCGCGCCACGCGGCACUUAAAUACACCCCGCCAACUAUUCCUAAAAGAGGAAAAAAAAAUAAUAUAGAUUAG